GACUUCGGAGUCGAUAUCGUUUUGAUAUAAAUUUGUAGUAAUUUCUGUAUUUUGUCCAUCGGAAACAAUAGCACGAGUCCGACCUCUCUCGGAAAGACCAUUAUGUUCAGUUUAAUCAUCUUUGCGCCAAAAUGAUGAGGUACAAUAUCAGCAAAAACACUUUCUCGUGUAUCAUCCUGUUGGUCAUUAAAGGUGUGUUUGGUGAUGAUGGAUUGAAGUCGGUGUCAGUGAUGGAGGGAGAUUCUGUCACUCUACACACUGAUGUUACUGAAAUACAGACAGAGGAUCAGAUAUUGUGGCUGUUUGGACCUCAAGAGACUCGUAUAGCUCACAUCUACAAUCAGAUCAUUGGUAUGUUUGAUAGCAAUAAGACAUUUGGAGACAGACUGCAGCUGGACAGACAGACUGGAUCUCUCACCAUCAGAAACAUCCAAAUCACAAACUCUGGACUUUAUAAACUUCAGAUACUCAGCAAAACAACCACAUACAAGAGAUUCAAUGUCACUGUCUGUGCUCAUUUGCACACUCCUAAAAUUACAAGAGACUGUCCACAAAAACUUUCAGAACCACAAAGAUCAGACCCAAAGUGUGUCUUGCAAUGUUCGUUAAUGAAUGUGACACACUGUGGCAAUCUGACUCUCUCCUGGUACAAAGGAAACAGUUUAUUGUCCUCCAUCAGUGUGUCUGAUCUCAACAGCAGUCUCUCUCUACCUCUGGAGGUGGAAUAUCUGGAGAACAACAUCUACAGUUGUGUAGUGUCCAAUUCAUUCACCAACCUGACCAAACAUCUCAACAUUGCUGAUUCAUGUCAGCCAUGUUCUGAUUCCUCUUCUACCAAUCAUCGAAGAUUUUUUGCUGUAUUUAUUCCUGCUGUACUUCUUGCUGUACUUGCAUGUGUGAUGUGCAUCCUCUACAGGAAACACAGAAGAACAGGUCAAAAAGGAGAUAGGUUUGAUGCUUCUCAGCAUGUAGUUGAAACAGUUCGGAUGGAGAAGGAAGAAGUGCUUUACACCGAAACUACGUUUUGUAAAAAAGUACCAAAAAAGAAGCCUACUCGGACAGAAGAGACCAUAUAUGCCAGCGUUGUCUGAGACUGAGACAUGAGACCCAUUGUUUUGAUUAUUUGAUUUUGGGGGGGUUAUCCACAAGGAUAAUUAAUAAUGUAAACAACAUUCUUUCUUGUACAAGUGAUGACACCCUUGAUUUUGAAUUCUUUACCCGAAUGGCGAUGGGGAAAAAACAUUAGUUUUAACGGUUAAAUUACAUUAGGCACAGUGCCCACAAUUAUAAUUGCCAAAUGGUAUAGAUGACAAAAAAUGUAUGGGAUGGUCCAUAGGCAAAUCAGCUCUCAUGACAAGAUUAUGAAUGUUAGGGAGACGUUUAUAUACAAAUCUAGGUGACUCUUUGAAAACAUCACAAAGAACGAGAUCUGAAUUUAAAUGUACUAGUGUUUGUUGACAAUCGUCUUUAAGUCUGUACAAAUAGAGGAGGAUUGGAAGAAGCAAACAACUUUGUUAGCAUACGUCCUGAUUUUUAUUUGGACUGUAUCCAGUUUUCGUUAUAACCUCUCUCUCUCUCAAUCUUUUCGCUAAGUCAGUGCUUUGGUGUGCGUAAGACUUGUUAGAGCAAAUACACACAUACGAUUGAAUUGACUAAUAGUAAACUUCUCUUCACAGGGGUAGGAUGAUAACAUUGUCACAGCAUUUUCACAUGAGAUUGCUGGAUCUCAUUUCACCACCAUAGUUUUGUAUAAAGUUGUUUGAGCUUUCACUUUAAUGGACUACUCGUCAGUUCAGAGGGACUUUUAGAAUUUGACUGAAUUUGUUUUUUGUUUUUGCAUAUAUAUUUGCAUUCACAGCGAGAUUCAGGGUGAGCACAAAAGCACAAUGUAGAAGUAUUAUAGGAACCAUACAAAUAAAUUUUUGCUGUCUUGAAAAACAUUUUACUGUUCAUUUUAUGUUCCAUUUCACCUUUUCAAAUUCAGAUUUUCUUUUUUUAAUUGUUGGAGAACUAGAGUCUAAUGCCUCAAGCUCUAAACCCGAGGUCACAUUGUAUCAUGUUACACUCAGUCACACUAUGCUGCAUCUGCUGAAGUUUGAAUUUGACUGGCUUUUUGUACUGUUGGUAGAUAUUUUAUUCAACUAUGUUCAUAUUCGUGUCCAUAUUCUCAAACUCAUGCUUUGUCCACAUCAUUUCAUGUUUGCUGCUUGUGGAGAAAGUCUGAAUUUAUAUUUGUGCUGUAGCACUUUGAGUGUGAGAAAGGUGCUUUAGAAAGUAAAUGUAUUAUUAUUAUUAUUUUAUAUGCAUGGUCUUGUUCAAAU